AUGUCGUUCAUCGCGCACCGCUCAAUCACUUACCCGUGUAAGGCAUACUCGGGCAGUGCGGCGCUGCGGUGUGAAGCGCAGCUCUUCCGAACGAACUUUAUCAAGGGCCAGCACCGACCACUCAUGAACAGAGGAAAUUCGCAAGCAUCCAAUCUCGACUCUCGCGGUCAGCGACUCAACAAGUUACUGGAUGGCGUUCUUAAUGGUCGACAGGCUCUGGGAACGGCGUCGUCUCCCCUCUUCCUGGAAGCAAUUUGCGCCCAGCCGGACGCUGCUAAAUGCAUCGACCGGUUGAUUGUCAGUAAAACAGGCCUGUCGUCUGUACAGACAGCUAUGCGUGCCGAUCUCAGCUUGUCGUUUUUCAAUGGACACGCCUCGUCAUUCAUCAUCUAUCUGCAGGCACCGGCGCUACGCAUCGUCGGAGGUGGCUCGUUUCUCCAGCAGCUCGUCAUCGCCAUGGUAGAGCCCUCUAUCUUCUGGAAUACUUUCAGUGACGCCUUUCGUGCUGGAAGUCUGCAGGAGAAGGGUGAACUCUCCUUCGGCUGGCUUCUGCUGCAGCUCGUGGUGCUUCCUGCGAGUAAGGCGGCCCCAUACCGCGAGAUUGCGCAAGAUCAAGCGGUGCUGGACCGCCUCCUUUCUUCCCCGCAUUCAGAAACCAGCGCGAUAGGGAGGAGGAUCAAGGAUGUAGUGGCUACGCUGCAUGCCUCGAUUCCCGAUGGCAGCGAUACCUUCCCCGGAGACCGACAUGACAACGACUUCGCCGAUUUCCGCCUCAUCUCGAUCCAUCCUACUGCCGAUGAGAUCACCUGCCGUGAGCUACCAUUCUUGAGGCCCGCUUCCUUCCUCGAUGACGCGGAAACUGCGGACAGCCGUGUGGCGACGUAUCUCGACAACCACUUUCGGUUGUUGAGGGAGGACAUGAUUCAUGAGAUGCGAGAGGAGAUGCAGAUCGCGCUGGGGAAGAAGAAGGGAAAGCACAGGGGCCUCGUCAUCGACGGUCUUGAGCUUGUCGGAGUGCACUUCGGUCCCGACAACAAGAGAUCGAAGUGGGCCAUAGAGCUUCAGUGCAAGCAAGAUCUUCCCGUCUUGAAGCGCAAGAAAGAUCGACGCGCGUUUCUCAGGGACGAAGGACGCAGCAUUCUACGUCAUCAGUCAUUGGCGUGCCUCCUUGUCAACGGCAAGAUUAUCGCGUUUCCCACCAUCCUCCGAGAUGAAGACCAGCUCGCGAAGCUGCCGCCAGUCGUUCUUUUGUGUCUCACGGGAGAGUCAAGCACGAAGAAAGCUCUUAUGGAGCUCAAGGACGACAUUCAGGCAGCUUCACCUGGGGUGCUGUUGGUAGAGGAGGCCGGCGAAAUCUUAGAGUCUCACAUCAUCAGCGCUUUGGGUUCCGAGACGUCGCAGCUCAUCCUCAUUGGGGAUCACCACUGUCAAAUCGACAGACAACUCCGGCCUAAGGUCAACAACUACUUCCUCACCGUCGAGAAAGGCGAUGGGUUCGAUUUGAACAGAUCAAUGUUCGAGCGCCUCGUCUUGAAGGGCUACCCUCAUACGACUCUCAGUGAACAGCACAGAAUGAGGCCCGAAAUCUCUGAUCUCGACAAUAGGGAGCUGUACCCAUCUUCGUCUAAACGGAACACGUACGAGGCAGAGAUGGUGCUGAAGAUUGUUCGGUAUCUCGCACAGCAAGGCUAUGGCACGGAGAAGCUCGUCGUUCUCACGCCGUAUCUCGGUCAACUCCAAUUACUGCAGUCCAUCCUGAAGACAGAGACAGAUCCCGUCCUCAACGACCUCGACUCCUUCGACCUCGUUCGUGCCGGCCUGGUGACGGAAGCAACAGCAAAACUGACACAGCGACCGCUUAGGCUCGCAACCAUUGACAACUAUCAAGGCGAAGAGAGCGACAUCGUCAUCUGUUGCCUGACGAGAAGCAAUGUUGAUCACGACAUCGGUUUCAUGUCCUCACCGGAACGCGUGAACGUUCUCCUGUCACGAGCUCGCGACUGCCUGAUAUUGCUCGGGAACGCAGACACAUUCCUGAAUGCACGAAAGGGGAAAGAGAUUUGGGAGCAGUUGUUCCGCCUGCUGGCGUGCGGGAAGCACGUGUACGAUGGCCUUCCCGUGAAAUGCGAGCGUCAUCCUGAUCGUAAGGCUUGCCUGAAAAAGCCCAUCGACUUCGAUGUCCUCACCCCUGACGGUGGCUGUCAGGAGCCAUGUGGUACAAUGCUUAGUUGCGGUCUCCACUGCUGCUCAUCCAAAUGCCAUCAGCUAUACGAUCACUCAAAGAUGCAGUGCGAGCAUAUUCUCAACGAUGUGUGCUCGAACGGCCACACCCUGAAUUGGAAAUGCUUUCAAGGACGCCCUCCGGUCUGCAAGAGGUGUGAAAAGGAGGUGAAGCUUGCCGAGGAGAAGCGACAGAGAGACUUCGCCGACAAGGAAAGGCGAGAUGCCGAAGAACGGGAGCACGCACGCAACAUAGCCAAGCUAGAGGAGGAGUAUGAGCAACAGACUCGUCUUCUCCGUGACAGACAGCUCGCCGAAGAGCGAGCCAAUGCGAUUCAGCAGAAGCAGCAAGAUCUGGCGUCGAUCACUGCCCUCACUGCGAAGGCACCGCCGACAAGUUCCGCAGCAUCAGUCGUACCCGACAAUGGUGGAGCACCGGCGGCUACCGCGAAUGGAGCAGCCUCCACGCUUCCGACAAGUGCAGAUGCUCUUCCCGCUUCUUCUAUCCACCAUUCGAUCCCGCCGCCGACGCCGACCUCGACGGUAGAGCAAGUUCAGCAGGUGUCCACGGGUUCAGAACCAUCCUCGACGCCGACAUCUGGUGCCGAGCAGGAGUGGGAACGACAGAAGGUCAUGGAUGGAGCAUCAGAUCCUUCUAUCGACGCCAUCAUGAGUAUGACUGGGCUUGAGGCCGUCAAGAAACAGGUACUUCAAAUUAAGGGCAAGGUCGAUGUCACCAAGCGUCAGAACACAUCGCUCAAGAAUGAGCGAUUCAAUAUUGUGCUACUAGGAAACCCUGGCACAGGUAAAACGACUGUAGCCAGACAUUAUGCCAAGUUUCUCACGUCUUUCGGUAUUAUCCCUGGAGUGGCCUUUGUCGAGGCGUCUGGCUCUAGUCUUGCAAAUGACGGUGUUCCCGGUGUCAAGAAACACAUCGAAACGAUCCUUAAGUCUGGCGGAGGGGCAUUGUUUGUUGAUGAGGCGUAUCAGCUCACUGGACAGCAUAACUUCCAGGGGACGCAGGUGCUUGAUUUCCUCCUAGCAGAAAUGGAGAACAGAGUUGGCACCAUCGUCUUCAUUCUGGCAGGCUACAGCAAACAGAUGGAGAAAUUCUUCGAGCACAAUCCAGGCCUUCAAAGUCGGGUACCGUACACUCUACGCUUCGAGGAUUACAAUGAUGCCGAACUUCUCUUGAUGCUGGAAAGGAUGAUCAAGAAGAGAUACAAUAGCAGGAUGAAAGUCGAAGGCGAUUUUGGCGGGUUGUACUGGGUCGAGGACGAGAGGGCUUUGGAAACGCUCGGGCACUGGAGAAUCUCCUCGCUAAGAUCUCUGGUCGACAGGCAGACCGAAUAG